AUGUGCUCGUCUCUGACUGCUAGCUCCUCGGCGGGAGGUAAGUCGUCCCCUACUCUACGACGAACGGCGUCACCAUGCCAUGCCUCACCCCCGCUUCAAAAAAGCGUUAAGCCAGCAGAAGUGAUGACGGGAACCGGAAGCAGUGAUGGGCGGAGGUACCUCAGUGAGGUCGAGCUCUGUGACCCCGAUCUUGGAUAUCCGCGGGUGGCAAAUCCUAACAAUCGUAGUAACCCACGCGGAGUCUGCCUCCUGAUCAACCAGCGUGACUUUGAUCUUGCCAAGACUGGGCAGGAGCGCCGCGAUGGCACAGAUGUCGAUGCGGACAAUAUUGAACGUACCUUCAUUCGCUGUGGUUACGCCGUCAACCGCGCUACCAAUCUUACUCUCCGAAAAAUGGAGUUUCUUCUUGAUGAUGUUCGGUCCCAGAACCACACCAAGUACGACAGUUUCGCUUGUGUAAUCCUUAGCCAUGGCGCAGAGGGGAUUGUUUACGCCUCCGACGGGACCAUCAACGUGGAUCGUCUCAUCGGAUACUUUCGUUCAGAUAGGUGCCCUACUCUUGCUGGCAAACCUAAAAUGUUCUUCAUUCAGGCCUGCCGAGGCUGCAAGUUUGAUAAAGGUGUCGCUCUCUCUACGGAUGCUAACUCGGACUAUGUGCUUGUCACGAAGCUUCCCAUUGAAGCCGAUGUUUUUGUUGCCAAUUCAACUUUCCCUGGUUACUACGCUUGGCGUAACUCGCAGGCAGGCAGUUGGUUCGUCCAGGAAUUGUGCAAAGUGAUCAAGGCGGCGCAGGAGUCAGGACGACAUCACGAUGUGGCCUCACUACUUACAGUGGUGGCGCGCAAAGUGGCACUGCUCUACGAGUCAAACACAGGCCAGAGCGAUUCUCAUGGCAGCAAGCAGAUGGUGAGCAUCAAUUCCACCCUCACCCGUAAGGCCUUCAUUGUUUGA